AUGCCAAAAAAGGAGAUAGCCAUCACCAACGUUGAACCAACAUUUUUUGAUGGACCAAAAUCACUGGAUCAACUUGUUUGUCUACCAAGACUAAAUGUUACAUCAAGAGACGUACAGUUCAUGAAACGAAUGUGGAAUGACGUUUUGAUGAAGCAGAAUCCAAAAAUAUUCUAUAAAGUGAAUGUUUCACCUCUGUUAAACCUAUCAGUACCUGAUUUUAUAAAACUAAUAAAGGCAAUGAUAAUGGCGAUCAGUGCAAGUCCACGUAUCAAUGAAGUGCUUGCUUGUCAGCGUUAUUGCUAUCGGGACGUCACCAAGUGGACAAAACUUAACCAUCUUUGCCAAGGACAGAAACAGUUCUUCUACCGGCUAAUCUUUGAACUAGACUUAAACGAAGCAAAACUAGCUCAAGAAGCGAGUGUGCUUGGAACGAAGCACGCAUCAUGGGCAAAGUAUGGCCUAAAGCCACAUUUCCUGGAUAUCUGGCUCCUUGGUUUUGAGGUGAAAACCCCCCAAUUCCCGACAACAGAUUAUCUAGCUCCAUAG